GCACUUUGAGCGCCACGCUCCGCCCCGCGGCGGGAGCAUGGAGGCACCGCGGCUGGAGAAGUUCGGCAGCCCGGGCAAGGGCAGGGGGCUGCGGGCUCUGCGGCGGGGGCGCCCCGGGGACCUGCUGUUCCGCUCGGAGCCCUUGGCCUACACCGUGUGCAGGGGCAGCGCGGACGGACUGUGCGAGCACUGCCUCCAAAGGAAUGAAAAUCUUCUCCGAUGCUCUCGAUGCAAAGUUGCCAGAUACUGUGGUUCAGUAUGUCAGAAACAAGCUUGGCAGGACCACAAAAGAGAAUGCAGCUGCCUACAAAGUUCCAAGCCCCGGUUUCCUCCCGAUUCAGUCAGACUACUUGGCAAAGUUGUUUUCAAGCUACUGAGAGAAACAUCUUGUCCUUCAGAGAAACUCUACUCUUUUUCGGAACUGGAAUCAAAUAUUAAAAAUCUAAGUGAAGAAAAGAGAGAGGGCCUGGGACACCUUGCCGUGACCUUACAGCUUUACUUGAAAGAAGAAAUCCAAGAUGCUUCCCAGCUGCCACCUGGCUUCGACAUUUUGGAAUCCUUCGCCAAAGUGAUAUGUAACGGUUUCACCAUCAGCAAUGGAGAGAUGCAGGAAGUUGGUGUUGGCCUGUAUCCUAGUAUGUCUCUGCUCAACCAUAGCUGUGACCCCAACUGUGUGAUUGUCUUUGAAGGAACCUCCCUCUUCCUCCGGGCAGUUCGGGAAAUCCAGACAGGUGAAGAGCUCACCAUCUGCUACCUUGAUGUGCUGCUGCCCAGCCAAGAGCGCCAGAAGCAGCUGAAGGAGCAGUAUUGCUUUGCUUGCGACUGCAUCCGUUGCAAGACCCAAGACAAGGAUGUGGACAUGUUAGCUGGUGAGGAGCCAUCUUGGAAAGAAGUUAAAGAUGCUGUGGAUACAGUUGAAGAGCUCCAGUCGCAAAAGAAGUGGGAGAGGGUUUUGGCUACGUGCCAGGCUCUUAUAAAUAACCAUAAAGAUCGGAUUCCAGACAGAAACAUCUAUCAGCUCAAAAUGCUUGACUGCGCAAUGGAUGCCUGUAUUAAUCUCAGCCUGUGGGAGGAUGCCCUGUUAUAUGGACGUCGGACUCUGGACCCAUACAGGCUUUAUUACCCAGGCUUUCAUCCCAUCAAAGCCAUCCAGGUAAUGAAAAUAGGCAAACUGCUGCAGCAUCAAGGCAUGUUUCGGGAAGCCCUGGAGACUCUGAAGGAGGCUUUUGACCUCCUGAAAGUGACCCACGGCAGAGGACACAGCUUGACGGAGGAGCUGCUGACGCUUUUGGGGGACUGUGAGGCCAGCCUGAGGGCCACUGAGUGAGGAGGGCCUCCCAGGGCUGGAAGGCCAGGGCUCCAGAUAAAAGAGAACACAAAGCAUUGUUGGAAAUGCCUAGGCCGAGUCUGCUAUCCUCAGUCUAGCAAUGAUCUUCUGGUUUGCUCUGCAAGUGCCCCACCCCAGUGAAAUGACGGCAUUUGAUUCUACCGGCCAGUGAGGUCUUGCAGGCGUUUUGCACGUCAAUAAAAGCCUUAAAAUGAUUUCUAAAACCCAGCUUCUCUCUCCUUACCAGACUGAGAAUAUUUUGUCACUUUAGGGGUCUCCCAAGGGGCUUGCAAUAAGAGGCAAUACCAGAGUCAGAAAAUGCACUUAGCACUAAGCCUAGACUCAGUGGAGACUGUGCUGCUUGGUAACUGUUGUCUGUUCCUCCUUCCUCCUCUUCUUGGUCCCCUUUUUGGGUGUGCUAGAAAUCUCAGGACAGUGUGUUUGCUUUUUUCUCUUGCCUACCUCCCAAUCUGUGUAUGUACAAUUGGGAUAGUCCGUGUCCUCUCAUUGUCCCCCAAGGUCAGGUCCACUUGACAAAUUCCGGCCUAUAGAACAAACAAUUGGUUGACACUUGUGAUGGUGCCUGUCCUCACAGUGAUACUUAGACUUAUUCUGUUCUCUCUUUCAGUUUGAGGGAAGGAGUAGGGCCUCCACAAGGACAACUACUUCUUUGGUUUCUAUUUCCCAGGUGCUUAGUACAGUGCAUUGUACCCAGGGGAAGCUCAAUAAAUAGUGUUCCCAGUCUACAGCCCUUUCUUCUACUACUGCCACCUCGCUGUAUCCAGACAGACGCAUGCUGUCAGCAGGAUGAUCCCGAAUCUGCCAUCGAGUUCUCGUGGAAGAGUUUUCACAGAUAAUUUUUUUGAUUUUGGAUGUCUCUCAUCCUUUUUGUCAUUUCUCUUCUGCCACCUCCUGUGUGCCAUUUGGUUCACUUUUACCUCCAAAGCCCAGGCCCACGGAACAGUGUUUCACGUCUGCUCUCCUUCUGGGGACGAAGACAACCAUAUUUAGUAAAGGUGAGAUUCAGCUGAUGUAUGUUAGUGAGACAGAUAAAACCAGUGUGUGACUGUGAUGUCACCCCCAUUCACAGGUACUAGAACUGUUAAUUACGCAUAAUGGCUGGUGCAGUUUCUUGGUCUGCCUCUUUGGUGUCACCCCCUUGUGGGACAGAGACUAUCCAAUCUGCUUUUAUUGUAUUUACCCAAGUACUGUGCUUGUCACAUAAUAAGCUCUUAACAAAUACCACAGUUAUUAGUGUUUGAGUCUUUGUUCCAAGACAGCUCCCCUGUUUCUGAAGACUGCAUUCCAGUUGGCUUGUCCUUUGCUCCACAUUCCAGCUGUCUAUGGGUUUCUCCUUUAUCAACUCACAAAAUAUUAGCUGUUUCGAUACGCAGUCCGUUCUACUCACAUGACCCACCCAGCCAAAGCGUGGUGGCUGAAGGAUUGAUUGCAUUCCAGGACCUCAUUGUGUGAUUUGCACACAGUAAGUGCUCAAUAAGUGCGACUGAAUGAAUGUAAUCCUAACUGGCCAUUUAAUGUUCUGAAGUGGCGACUCUGGGACUGACUCAGGAGUCGGUCCAGCUCCUGGGGCCAGCAUGGACCCCCGCUUGGCCCGGUGCUGCCUAGCUGAGGAUUCGGUCGGCUCUCAAUCCAAGAGGAAGCUGGAUCAGCAGCGAGAUGACAUAACCUGAUCUGAACCCAACCUGUCCCCAGUAUCUACUUGGAAGGCAGAACAUUUGGAGGCGGCCAAACCAUCUUCCCACGGCUCCUUGUGGCUGGAGCUUGGCUUAAUCUUCUCUUCGAUUUCUGGAUCUUCAGGAGUCAGUGUGCUCACCAGAGGUUAAGCUGAAGUCAGACGCUACACUCACACCCGGCAAUCGAAAUUGUGCUUUCAAACACCCCCGAGGUGGUCCUGGAGUGAGAAAGAACACGGCCACAGACAGGAUGAAAUGGAUCCAGCAAUUGUACACUUCAAUGCAUAGCACUUAGAUAAGCAUUUCCAACCAUAAUGGGUUUCGCUUCCAAGGGUCUGGCUGGCCGGAAUGCCACUGCUGCCCUGAAAUCAUCAGUCGAUGCUUCCAGCCCCAGUCACCAUCUGGUAAGAAAAGGAAGCACCAUGGCAGAUUUCCCACCUUCAUCACAGACUGCUUCCUCCUCUGCCACAGGGUCUCGCUGAAGAUAUGUGUCCUGUCUUGGGGAAGCACAGGAUUGGAUCUCGUUCUUGCAUGCUUCCAACUACUGAGUCAAUGAAGCAUUUACUGUUGUUCUUCACUAAGGUCAAAAUCGGCUUAAUGGAGAAUAAUUCUGGGGCAUCACGUAGCUUGCUGCAAGAACUCAGUGUGAGCAGUGGACAGGACCGACUGUAGGAGAAAGCAGAGAAAGAGAAGACUCAGCUGGUGGCAAGCAGAAAUGUACGACUUCAACUCCUUGAACGGGAUAUUGAAAUGACUGCAGUGGAGAUUUUUGAGUUUGGAGCACCAUCUGUACACGAAAAAGUAUGAACAUAAAUGUUUGGAUAAUAAAGAUUUGCAAGGCACUUGAA